CACCACAAAAAUCAAUAAAAACAAACGGUUUUUUUUUUGACAAAUCAAUCAAAUUUCGCUCCUCGUUAAGUGGAAAAAAACUGAUUAAAAUUGUGAGUAAUGUACGGCCUGUAAACAAAUAAACCAAAGAAACAAACAAAAAAACAAAAGAUGAGUCUUUUGCGCUCCCUACUACUAGCGAAACCGUCGAGGCGUUUUUUCGCCCCGAGUGCGGCGGUUCGAACGUUCGCGGACGCGGUCGGUACCCGUAAGGGGCCGCCCCCGCUCGCCCCCGGCUGCCCCCCGCCCGAUUUAGAUCACGCGUGCCGCAGCAACCGCAUGAAGGGUCUCGUUUUGGGGAUCUACACGAAUCCCGAUGACGUCUACGAUCCCGGCAAAUUGACCCCCACCGGGGAACGGUACAACGCGAUGGUGUGCGGCCGUUUGUACGAGCUGCUCCAGUACGCGGGGAAACCGCCCAAAAAGGGCGAGGUCCGGGUCUACUUUAAUCUCGACGAGGAGUUCAGCUCUGUGGCGGUGGUGGGGCUCGGCAGGGAGUGUCAGGGAUACGACGUGUUCGAGCAGAUGGACGAGGGUAAAGAGGCUAUAAGGAUCGCCUCGGCGCAGGGGGCGAAGGCCCUCCAAAAAAUGAACGCGAUAAAGGUGUACGUGGAGAGUUUUGGACACGCGGAAUCGGCCGCGGAAGGUUCCGCCCUCGGGGUGUGGCUCUAUCAAGAAAAAAAGAUGCGCAAAUAUCAAAUGUACGUGCCGCAGUUGGAACUGUACGACGAUUGCGACUGGACCGGCUGGCAGAUCGGUUUACAGAAGGCGGCCGCGCAGAAUUUGGCCCGUCAACUGAUGGACACGCCCGCCAACCUGAUGACGCCGACGUCGUUUGCGCAGAACGCGGUCGAGGUGCUGUGCAAGUCGGGGGUGAACGUGGAGGUGAAGGUGCGCGGCUGGGCGGAGACGCAGAAGAUGUACGCGUUUUUGGCGGUGGCGCAGGGCUCGUGCGAGCCCCCCAUUUUCCUCGAGUUGAGUUAUUAUGGGGCGUCGCGGGACGAGCGGCCCGUGGUUUUAAUCGGCAAAGGGAUCACGUACAAUAGCGGCGGCCUGUGUCUGAAGCCCUGCAACAAACAGCGUUACAUGCGCGGCGACAUGGGGGGCGCGGCGUGCGUCGUCGCGGCCUGUAGGGCGGUCGCGGGCCUCCAACUCCCCAUCAACAUUCGGGCGCUGGUGCCCCUUUGCGAGAACAUGCCCGGGUGCGCCGCGAUGCGCCCCGGCGACAUUGUCAAGGCGAUGAACGGGAAAAGUAUCAAGAUUGAGUCGACGGAUACGGCGGGGCGACUGUGUUUGGCCGACGCCCUCGUUUAUGCCCAAAACUUUUGGCCCAGGUUUAUUGUGGACGUGGGCACGAUGACCAACGACAUGAAACACUCGCUGGGAGCGGCCGCCAGCGGUGUCUUUUCCAACUCUGAGGCCCUCUGGGAGUAUAUGCUGGCCACAUCUCGUGAGAGUGGAGACCGCGUCUGGAGAUUCCCCCUGUGGGAACACUUUACCAAGCUGGUGGCCCACCAUCACGCCGUCGACGUGAAGACGUACGGACGCGGAGGGAGACCCAGGUGCGGUCAGGCCUGCAAGGUGGCGGCCUUUUUGAACGAAUUUGUGCCGUGCGGCGACUGGCUGCACAUGGACACGUUUGGCGUAAUGCGAACCGACGGCAAGGAUUAUCCCUAUUUGAGGGAGGGAAUGUCUGGGAGGCCCACGAGGACCCUGGUGGAGUUUUUGUCCCAAUUGGUGUGUCAUCGCGAGUAGUUUUAUCACGUGAAGGGUCGAGGGUCGAUUUCGGGUCGUGCCUCUCUUUCCCUCCUCCUCCCUCCUCCUCCUCGCUCCCGAACUGUGACGUAUGUUUACCGCUGGAUACUGUGACGAGCCUGUAUUUUAUUUUAUUUUAUUUGUAUUUGUGAUUUAUAUGAAUGUAAAUAAAGACGCUGUUUAUUCUUUAA